CAAGUGUGGGAAGGCCCUUAAAUUUGUGCAGGAAAAUCGGUCCACAAAUUGGUUCAAUAAAUAGCCCAUCACUGCACCAACACAUUUCCAAUUCGCACACACAACACAAACAAGAGAAGUGAGAAAAACAGUCCUAAUAAAAAUAAAAUGGCAAAAACUGUUGGUCUCAUCUUGGCAAUCUGCUUCCUGAGCCUCGCCCACGCCCACGCCCACGACGUUUUCAACGUGGAAGGCGACGUUUACUGCGACCCUUGCCGCGUCCAGUUCGUGACGGAGCUCUCCAAGAAGCUCCCGGGGGCGACGGUGCGAGUGGAAUGCACAGACCUCGUGACGAAGGCGGUGACCUACUCCGCCGAGGGAAUCACCGGUCCCGACGGCCACUACAGCCUGGAGGUGACCGGCGAUCACGAGAACGACAACUGCGAGGUGUCGGUGGUGAAGAGCCCUAGCGGCGACUGCAGCGAGCCCAUGGGGGAGUUGGAGAAAUCGCGGAUCGAGUGCACCACCAACAGCGGCAUCCACGCCGCCGUCCGCUACGCCAACCCCAUCGGCUUCAUGACCAAGGCCGCCGAUCCACACUGCGCCCCCGUGCUCUUCAACAUGGGCGUCGACUUCAAUUGAACGAGAUAUGCUUCUCUUGCCAAAACUGUGUGCGAAUUGCUGCCCAGUGAAAUCUUUAUUUUCGAUUUUUUAAAAAGGAUGCCGGCGGGAAGGAGGAGGAAUGCGAAUUUCCCCUUUUGCGCAUUCCUUUUCGAUGUAAUAACGAUUUCUUGUUGCUUGCUAUCACUGGCGUGGCCUUGAAUAAUGGAAAAUUCAUAUCAUA